CAGGAACAUAAUUUAAUACAUGUGAAAGUUUGAGAAUAAAAAUCCUAAUUAACCUAAAAAAAAUUAUUACAAAAAAAAUAUAAAUUGACAAUUUAUUUACAUAUUUAUAGAAUAAAUUACUCUCCUAACAAAAAAAAAAAAUAUAAUUUUUGAAUGAUAAACCCUAUAUAGUUAUAGGGGCUAGUUUUGGUUAAAGAUUCAAUUUUUCUUUCUCUCUUCUCUUCGAGUCUUCUUCUUCAUCUUCUUCUUCGUAAUGAGGAGCUUGAUUUCGAGCGCUAAAUUGGUGAGUGGUGCUCGCUCCUUGUGGUCUCCGCCAUGUGGGAGUCGCCGCGGUUACAGUUUGAUUCCAAUGGUUAUUGAGCACUCCUCCCGAGGCGAACGAGCCUACGACAUCUUCUCUCGCCUUCUAAAGGAGCGCAUUAUCUGCAUCAAUGGCCCUAUCACUGAUGACACUUCCCAUGUCGUCGUUGCCCAGCUCCUCUUUCUCGAAUCCGAGAACCCCUCCAAGCCAAUCAAUAUGUAUCUCAACUCUCCCGGUGGCCAUGUUUCUGCAGGUCUUGCAAUAUAUGAUACGAUGCAGUACAUACGGUCACCAAUCAACACCAUUUGUUUAGGUCAAGCUGCAUCGAUGGGUUCUCUUCUUUUAGCUGCCGGUGCCAAGGGUCAGAGACGGUCCCUCCCAAAUGCGACAAUCAUGGUUCAUCAACCUUCUGGUGGGUAUAGUGGGCAGGCAAAAGAUAUGACAAUUCAUACCAAGCAGAUUGUUCGAGUCUGGGAUUCCCUCAACGAGUUAUAUUCAAAACACACGGGCCAGCCAAUUGAUGUAAUUCAAAAGAACAUGGACAGAGAUUACUUUAUGACCCCACAAGAGGCAAAGGAGUUUGGCAUAAUCGAUGAAGUUAUUGAUCAAAGACCAAUUGCUCUUGUAUCUGAUGCUGUUAGCAAUGAAGGUCAAGCUAACAAUGAAGGUCAAGAUAAAGAUAAAGAUAAAGAAGAUAAAGUCCCCAGUAAGGAUUAGAGGGUAAGAUCUCAGUGUGGCACAUCACUUAUUUGAAGUUUUAUAAUUGACACUGCUGGAUUUUCACUCUAUAUUCCUAAGUGAUUUUUAUUUAUUCUAUCUUACUUCACAAGUUUUUAGCUAUAGAUUCAAUUGUUCUUCACUAUUAUUAUUUGAUCUUUGAGUGAGUUCAUUUUCAUGGAACUCAUGUUGCCCUAUAUAGCACCCAUUUCAACUCUCUUCAGGCCAAUUUUCACAGCAAAUUGAAGGUUGUAAUAUGGUUUAUGAACCAUCUUUUACAUCUGUGUAACUGUAUCUUUAGAUUGUAUAUCACCGACGAGCAAUGAAAGAAACUGAAAGGAAUGGGCAAAAUUAGAUUAGAAAUAUGAUCUUUGAUCAAGUAUGAAAAGUAGUACAAUAUGUCUUUUGGUUUUGUUUUUUCAUUUGAGAAAAAGAAUAAGGUUCAUAUGGAUGUGUCACUUGGAAUAGACUCCAAUCUUAGUAUUCUCUCAAUGAAUGUACUUCUUUUGUUAA